UUAAACUACGGAAGGUCAAGACUUGUGGAAGGAUCUCACCUGUGCUCUGGGAGAGUGGAGAUGCUUCUUGUAGGUGGAUGGGGUUCAGUGUGUGACGCUGCCUUUGACCAGCAGGAUGCAGAGGUUGUGUGUAGAGAGAUGAAAUGUGGGGCUCCUGUACAGGUGCUGGGAGCAGCUGCUUUUGGUAAAGGAGACGCUCAGAUGUGGACACAAGAGAUUCAGUGCAGAGGAGACGAAUCACACAUUCAACGCUGUCCAUCAUCAAACUCACAUAAAAUAAAAUGCACCCAUGAAAAUGAUGUUGGAUUGAUAUGUUCUGGUUACACUGAUCUCAGACUGACAAACGGUUCAGACUCUUGUUCUGGAAGAGUGGAGCUUCAGUUCCUCAAUGAGUGGGGCACAGUGUGUGAUGCAUGCUGGGAUAUGAGAGCUGCCAGUGUCCUCUGUAGACAGCUGAAUUGUGGGAUUGCUGUGUCUGUUGUGGGAUCAGACUGGUUUGGAGAGGGAAGUGCUGAAAUCAGGGCUGAUGUGUUUGAUUAUGAAGAAUCAGCUCGUAACUGGCUGGAUAAAGUGAAGUGUCGACCACAUGAUUCAUAUCUGUGGCAGUGUCCAUCUUCACCCUGGGGAAAGAAUGACUGUGAUAAGAAUGAAGUGGCCAAAAUCAACUGCUCAAAGGACGAGAAUCAGGAGUCUCCUCGGAGUCGUCUGACGUGUUUUAUUUCACCAUCUCCUCACCAGAAACAGUGUUCAGAAGAACAAGAAGUCUAA